AUGCUACGUUUUGGAAACUUGGUCAUGAUCUGCUUCUACUGCUGCAUCUCACAUGCAUUAGCAUUUCAAUCAUACUUUAUUCUGGACAACAUGGGAACUCAGUUUAUGCCCAUUCAUAUGAAUGCUCUCCAUCUUGCAGAUGUUUCGGCUCAAACAAAAGUCAUAUGUGCUUAUCAAUGUAGUGUUCAUCCGCAAUGCCGGACAUUUAAUUUUGACACAACUACACAGAUAUGUCAGUUGUUUCAAGGAGAUACAAUUGCGACAGGUUCAACUGUAUCAGCUGCACAAACAUCAAUGUUUGGAUCGGUCAGGUUGAUGGAAACCUUUUUCACUGCAUACAGUAGAUCAUGUGAUCAAUGUGCAGAUAAUCGAUUCCUUCGAUGUGUUAACAAUACCUGUCAGUGCCAGCAGAAUACUUAUUGGAAUGGUUCAUUCUGCUUACCUCAGUUACCACUACCGUGCAUGGAAUGUGAACCGAAUAAAAGCAUGUGUCGAGAGGAUCUUAAUUUGACAUGUCAAUCGUACAAUAAAUGUGAUUAUGCUAAUCAAACUUGUAACAUCACCGAUGCACCUACUACGGAUAUGACGACAGAAGGUAACUAUUAUGUUCAAAUAUAUUCAACUUCAACGCCUUCGAUUGGCAGCUGGGUCGUCACCGGGAACAUGAGUGUUAAACGUUUUGCUCAUACAAGUAUUUUAUUAUCAUCCGAAAACGAUAGUGUUCUAAUUGCUGGUGGUAGUAGUUUAUCAUCAGCGAUUGACAAGUUCUUUUUAAGCAAUUUAUCUUUCGGAAUCUAUGGCUACAUGUUGCUUGAAAGGCAGUAUCUCACUGCCGCCGAGAUUUCUUUAUCGGGUGAUGUUAUAUUUGUUGGUGGAAAACAUUCGUCACUUCCUAAUGUUUCCAAUUCUGCUGAGUUGUUUAACUACAGCUCACGAUCCGUUACAGUAAUAAUUCCUACAAUUUAUACUUGGUCAAACCAGGCUAUGAUAUUUCUGCCGACAUUAUCGAGAUGGUUAAUAUUGGGUGGCGAUGACGAGCGGUGUGAAAUUGAGCUUUUCGAUCCUUCUAUAUCGACUUUCUCCUCAAUGAAUCAUACGAGCCGCACAAACCGCACGACAGUUACUGCAGUGUUGAUAACGCCGAACGGAUCGUCAAGUGACAUUAUUCUCAUCACUGGGGGUGAAGAUCUCUCCAAUUCCGUUGUUUUCUCAUUAGCUGAAUUGUUUAACGCUAGCUCCGGCGAGUUUAUCACGUUGCCGAAUAAUAUGACUACUGCUCGAUUUCUGCACACUGCCACUCCAAUUGUUUCUUUAGGGAAAGUAUUGAUUUGUGGUGGAUUCGACUACAAUUACGCACCGCUUAAUACUUGUGAAAUUUAUGAUCAUACAUCUGGUAAGUUUUCUCUGACCCAGAAUGCUAUGUCUACUGAACGAUGCUAUCACACAGCUACCUUAUUGAACAAUGGUAAUAUACUAAUUACUGGAGGGACACUCGAUGGAUUUAAUGGGCUUCCCAAUACAGAUCUAUAUAAUCCUAUGACCAACACGUUUUUUGCUGGUGCUUCACUAAAUAUCGGCCGCUUUCAGCAUACGGCGACAUUAUUACCAAAAUCCAACAAAGUGCUUAUCUGUGGCGGUUGGCAAAAGACUGCUGUUACAGCUGAAAGCUGUGAACUAUUCUCUCCGUAA